AUGAAGGAAUAUUCUCGAAAAUUCGCAUUAGAUACCUUCAAAAUUCAAUAUCGAUCAACAGUCGACAGGGCACCUGAACUGCCAAUCGCCAUGUUGACAUUCACGUUGAUUGCAGAGAUCCACACGAUUACUUUCAGCAAUUUGUCAGGAAUAUUUGAAGCACCAGUACAGCAGUACACAGCGAACAAGGAAGCGUCCUUGAUUCGAGCACCCAAGCUAGAGCCGCUCAAGGAGGCUCAACCCAAGAAAAAGGAAGAGAAGGACAACUCACCCCGUUCGCUUUAUAACACAUUCCUCACAGAACACUUUGAAAAUGCGCAGAUCACUAAUAUUGUUAACCUCAAGAGUCUUAACUUGGCUGCUGCUUUCACGACCAAACAAGAUUACACCACGACACAGCGUUCUACAGAGGAAGCGCGCUUGGAUACACUGUACAAGGUAGUGGACGAUUUCCCGGAUCUGAUUAUGCCGCGAAUGGUGGAUGUUGAUAAAACUUUACCAUAUCUUCGUGAUUUGGCAAUCCAGACCACGCCAUGCCCUUCGUCGGCCACACCAGAUCUUGGAGUAAGCGAUAUCAAUACAUUCAUUGGGGGUGCAGCUGGACCACUAAAAGUUUUGCUGGACCUCUGCGACUUCAAGAAACUUCGCAGAACUCAAUCGGAAGAGGAUAUCGGUGGUCCACCACCAAAUGUUCGCGCGGAGGAUGCAGAAAAGCUUGAAAGCGCAAUUCAAGAGGAAUUACCUCACGAAGUAAGCGCUCGUGAACCGGAAUUCGUCCAAGUGGCCCAACCACAGGAAUCAGAAGCAAAGGUGAUCGCGACAGCUACAAGAGCACCGCAUCCAGGCUCUCGUAGACGUACAACAUUACGACCACGGAAUCCACUCAAACUGUUGCGGAAGUUGCUUUCGUCGAGCAAUGAGAAUUUGACACCCGAGAAGCAGGAGCAGUAA